CUAAAAUGAAUAGGAUAAUAUACAGUCAUGAGCCAAAUCGCUAAAGUUAUUUUACCAACAUCGUGUCGUGAAGAACGUAUAAUCACAAGGCCAAUCGUCGAUUUAAAGCUUGUAAAGUGUAUUGGAGGAAAAGGUGGAGACGGCGCAGUUGUGUUCAGCAAACAUGGGCCACAUAGACUUUCUGGACCGGGGUUACCAGCGGGAGGCGCGGGUGGUAAGGGUGGAAAUGUAUAUGCAAUACCCAUGGAUAAGCAUGAUCAUAGGGUAGAUCUACGACACAUACCUGGUGCUGUUAAGGCUCCAGAUGGUACUAUCGGAAAUAGAUAUGCAUCUGGAAGACCUGGAAAUGAUGUAAAAUUAAAAAUGCCGCUUGGAACACUUGUAUAUAAGUUGGAACCCUCAUUUCUACACGACUCUGACAAAUGCUGGCGACAGCUUUGUUGGUCAUGGAAACGAAGUUUAAUCGCAGAUAUCAAUGAUGCCUCACAUAGUCCCAUACUCCUUGCAAGAGGUGGAUGUGGAGGUCGUGGUAACACUAUGAGAACUCCAUAUCAUGCUGAAUACGGAGGUGAAGCUGAUGAAGGGUAUUACGAAAUCGAACUGAAAUCAAUCGCAGAUAUCGGUUUAGUCGGUCUCCCUAAUGUGGGUAAAUCUACUCUUCUUUCCGCUAUGACAAGAGCCAACUCGAAAAUCGCUGCCUACCCCUUUACGACAAUAGCACCAUGCAUUGGAUAUAUCAUGUUCACGGAUGGGAAAAGCAUUAGUGUCGCCGAUCUUCCUGGCAUAGUCACAUGUAGAUUUACACAGGAUUUUUUUAGACAUAUCGAACGUACCAAGGCGUUGUUGUAUGUGAUCGAUGUAUGCAAUGCUACAUGUAGUUCCAUUGAGGAAAACUUUGCAUCGCUGAGAGAACAGAUACAUGUCCAUGGAUCAGGGUUAUCGGAAAAACCGUUCGUUAUUGUGGUAACUAAGAUGGAUGUUAAUCCCGCUGCUGCUGCAAAAAAUGUGGAUAAAUUUUGCAACUAUCUAAAAACUAUCGAUUUAAAUACUACCGUUAUCCCAACGAGUGCAAAAUAUGGAUUGGGUAUAGCCAGUUUAAUUCGUUCUGUGCGAGGACUAGUAGAAACAUUUGCUAGACAGCUUGCUAAUAGAGUUAUUGAUAGAGAUGAUGAACCAUUGAUAUAAA